GGUCAGCUGCCCUUCGCGACUCGACCGAGCCUGCACGCGGUAGCAUGUAACAAAGGAAGAAACGAAGAAUCAGUCUGAUGCAUUCCAGAGUACAUCCGGCUUGUGAACGCUCAGCGAUGUUCGAUGCUCAACCGGUUUUCCCGGAGCUGAGGUUAUUCAACUCCAUAUGCACCAACAAGAUAUUGCAUUAGACCUUAUCUUAUCUUGCAAGCCAAAUGUCGACUGAAGAUGGAGGGGCCGGGCUUCAGAGCGUUCAGCCCCCGGAGCCGCAGGACGGCCUUGCGGAGGAGAAUGACGAGCUCAGUGCGUUGCCAGGAGCAGGUCUAAUGCUUGGCGAUGCGUGGACGCGAGGGCAGCCCGACCCGUGGCAUGCAAAUAACCCGCCAAGCGAUGUGACGCCGAAGCCAGCGGUCCAGCACGACCGCCCGCUGUCAACGCUUUCGAUGUCGUCCUCGUGCGCGUCGCCCAGCGGCAGUAGGCCCGGCACUAGAGGUGGCCUUCCGGCCCACCGGGUGCCGCACGUCACCGCCCAGGCAUGGGGCCCUGCAGCAUCAGCAGCAGCGCUAGUGCACGGGCCUGCUUCUCUCAGAGUCAUCGUCCGCAGCGGCACCACCGAGCUGGCGGGACCCUCCUCCACAGUCAAACAGCUUCACGCUAGUUCGCUUGAGGAGGGCACGCCAGUCUCGCCUCGUGGUCCUGACGUAUGGAUCCUAGCAUCGAGCACAACGCCACCCCAAGCACCACCUGGUGGCGGCCUGACCCACAUGCCAGUUGGUGCUCCGGACGGCCUCGCAUCCUUUACUCGCCCCGGCCCCGGCCCCGCCGCGAGGCAACAGGCCUCAGCUCAGGGUCAGCGCGAGGCCGUGCAGCAGCCCGUGUGGGGCCAGGCACGGCCCAAAGGGAGCGGGCAUAGUCUCACACGGCCGCCGCCGCCAGGGACCCACAACCAGCCGACUACACCAGCAGGGUCCUCGCUGUUCUUCGACGGCUGGGGCGCACGCCGCUCACGAGGUGCUGUGCUGCGGCCGGGGUCAGUCGCUGCCAUGCCAUCAGGCCACCGUGUGCCCGUGGCCGCUGUGUCCUCCGGCGACGCAGCCGCGUUGGCUGUCAGCUUUGGCGCUGGCGGGGACAUGGACUCCGGGACAGCAUCGGCACUACUGCCGAAGGGCGCGCCUGUCGCGUACGGCACGGAGCAAGGGGCAACCAGAAUGGUGACACCGCCGUCGGGUCCCGGGCGUGCCUACGCACACACGCAUCCGGCAGCUGUCAACCUGUGGGCACAGACGGAAGUCCUGACACGGCCGUCAUCAAGUAGUGUCGCCACCACCAGUGGCGGACUUGGGUUUGGACAGGCGCUAGCAGCGGGCGCCGCGUUGGGCGCAGCUCCCGAGUACAGGGACCCGCCCGCCUUUCCGCAGCUGCUCCGCGGAGGCACCGCCACCAGUCAGUCCCAGCACCAUUCCUCUGCCGGCCCCAUGCUGCGGACACCCUCUGCCCCAGCCCUCCAUUACCACAUGCCUACCGGCGCUACAGCAGCAGCCAGCUCAGCGGGCUCAGUGGCGUUCGUGGCGUCGGCAGCAAGCUGGCACGUGACGCCGCUGGCCAAGUCUUCAGCCAUGUCGCUUGCCAACCCGACCGCUGCCAGCGGGCCCCGCGUGGCCGGCUGGGGCUCACAGCGAAUGCUGACUCCGCCCUCGGCGCACGUGCAGCCGGACCCAGCCACUGUCAGUCCCCACGCGGGCGGUGCAGCAGCAUCCUUAGCCGCGGUAUCUCCAGCGACAGCGCGCCUGUUAGCGAUGAGUCCAACGCUUAGCGUCCGCUGCAUGGAGCAGCCGACGAACGCACUCGCCAACGUCAUGCAGGUGCAGCCGCUAUCAGGCAGCAGUGUUGCGCCCAACGCUGCGUCGGUUCAAAUGGCCGGCGGCCUUGGGAACGGCGGGGGUGGCGCGCCAGGAGGGCUGCUGCGUGACAGUGCCGGCGUCCUUGUGUCGGAGGCGGACGAUGUUCCGGGGCCUCAGCCCCACGACGCACCGCCGCCGCUACCACUCAUGCCGCACUUCGCGCAGCCGCCGCCGCUGGUACCUCUCAGCGCCCAUGCGGCGGGCGCGGCUGCAGCCCUCCGUGGCCUAUCGUUUGGCCGAGGCCCCAUCGCGGGUGCAGGUGAUGCGACCUCGACAUCACCGCGCUCGCCGCCGCGUUCGCCCACCCGGCCACAAAUGGGCGCAGCACUCUCGCCCGAGGCCUCGGCAGGCCCAGUGUCAGCCCAAGCCUCGUUUGUGGACCUUGCGGGACAACCCAUCCACAUGUACACCGGCCAGCCCUCUCCGCGGCAGCACUCGCAGCGCACGUCGCCGCGGCGAGUGGAGCAGCCACCCGAGGCGCCCGCUUCCGCCGGUCCCGUGAAGCGCCCGGUGCCGUUCAGUGCAGCUGCCGCUCCAGUGACAGCAUCGCCACGCGGCCUGGCGUCCACCUCCACACGUGCGCUAGUGCUGGGGCUGGCCGGCGCGGGCACGAGUGCCAAGCAGCUGAAUCUGAUGAUGGACUUGGGCGCAGCCGAAGAAAGCGAGAUGGCUGAUGGGGCGGACCAAGUGCCGCCAGUCUUCAGCCGCCGCCCGGACCCCACAGCCGCACCGUCUCCGGUAGCAACACCAUCACCACAUCCACCACCUCAGCAUCAGCCAUCCGUAGCGGCGCUGGGCAGCGCUAGUGCGAUUGAAAGCGUGUUGGCGCCUGCGUCAAAGCCACGGUUGCGGCCGCCGCCCCCGCCGCAACAUGGCAAAGGCAAAUCGCCAGGCCAGAGCCUGGCCAGCAUCUCAGCCACUGGGCCCGGCUACAGCCUACGCAAGAGUCUGUUUCCAGAUGAGGUGGAGACCAAGCCGCUGGAGGAGAGGCUGGGACUGGCGGCUGCCAUCGCGGCUGUGUCUGCCGGCAGCGGCAGUGCUGCGGCAGCGGCGCUGCGGCAAGGGGUGCCGGGGCAAGGGGACCAGCCGCUGGGCGCGGCCACAUCCGGUUCUCAGGGCCACCAGCCGCUAAUCCUGAGGAAGAAGUUUGCGGACCGGUCUGAGCCGGUGUAUUAUAGAGCUGCCAUGAAGAAGAAGCUCCUGGGUGACAUGCUGCGCGUGCUGUAGGAAUGCAGGGGCCCCGCUAUACGAACGGAACAUGGUUACAUGGAAGAUGGUAUCUGCGCGGGACGGUGUGAGAUUGAUUGAAUGUGUACGGUACUGCGCACGGGUACUGCGUGACUGAUGUUUUUUUGGCAGCUUUGAUCCUGUUCUACGAGCAGCUGACCUUGCGUGGGAUGGUGCGACGGUAAUGACGGGUGAAAGGCAACCCCGUCCGUGGAUGGAGCCAGCUAGGCAAUGGGUGAACGCCCUAGCAUGCACAUUUGUACAAUGAUGCGCAUGAACUACACUCACACCAAUACUGGAUUGUCGAAGACUGGGUUGAGAAAGCAAGCCUGAGCGCUGCGCAGCAUUGUGUACAACAACAGCAGCAGGUGCUGAGCAUCAAAGCGAUACUGCAUGGAGAACUUGGAGCGACGGGGUUUGUCACUUUGUCGGGCCCUGGUGGUGCGUGAUGUGAGCUGGUGUAACCUGGUGCGGGGUAGUAUGGACUGAGGCAGGGUAGUAUGUGCACGGGGGCUGGGAGGAGCAGCAGCUGCUGAGGAAAAGAACUGAACGAGUGGAGUCACGAAUGGGGUGGGCAAGCUUGGGGCCACCCCUGCUUGGGAACAUAAAUCCUGGCAUCCCGACUCCCAGUCCAGAAUAACAACGAUCUGCG